UUAUUUUCUAUAAUUUAUAAAAAAAGAAAAAAAAAAAAAAAGGGGGAAGGAAAACUAUCUAUCAGCCAAAGCCCAAAAGCCGCCAUUUGAAAAACCCUCUGAUAUUGCCAUUUCUAAAGAGAGAGAGAGAGAGGGAGGGCGGGAGUGAAUAGUGACAGAGGAGGGAAGCACUUGUCGAGAACGACGCCGUUGACGGAGUUCCCGGAGAAACUCUGUCGAAGUAAACCCUAAUUUUUAUUUGGAUGAGGCCAUAUUUGGGUGAUUCAGAGUUUUGCCAUCUAACCCUUCACUUGCUCUUAAAAUGAAUACAAGAAACAGUAGGGUAUCUAGGGGUCAGAAGUCAAAAAAAUUUCAGGGUGAGGGGCCAAAUUGGAUUCUCAUCGCUGGUGGUGCUUUGCUAAGUACUUUAUCAGUUAGACUUGGUUACAAGCUGAAGCAGGCACUUGACACAAAGCAGCAGGACAAUGCUACUGCCAGCUUGAAAGAGAAUGGAACUUCUGAUAGAAGGAGAUCGUCAGGUUGCCGAUUGCAUUCAAACAUGUACGCAUUUACUGAAGAAGAUGAUGGUUGUUUCAACUGCAUGUCAGGAGCUGAAAACAUAGAGAAGCACCCACCCAAUGGACAGAUACUGCCAGAAUCUGAGGUUGCUCUCCCUCUGGUGACAGUCCCCACCUCUGAUUUCAGCAAGGAUAAUGGUGUUAUGUGGGCAUCAUCUCCAGAUCGCCUUGAGUUGCCUCCUAGGCCAUUUCACCAUUCUAACUGCUCUGACUCACCAUGUGUCUCAGAAUCUGGCUCUGACAUAUUUAGCAAGCGGGAAGUGAUACAGAAACUAAGGCAACACUUAAAAAGAAGAGAUGAUAUGAUUCUGGAGAUGCAGGAUCAGAUUAUGGAACUGCAGAAUUCGCUGAAUGCUCAGGUGGCACACUCAACUCACCUACAAUCACAACUGGAUGCUGCAAAUAGAGACUUGUUCGACUCUCAGAGAGAAAUCCUAAGGCUGAGGAAGGCAAUUGCAGAUCACUGUGUAGGAUAUGGUGGCACAAAUAAGAUGACAUCAAUCGAUACAGUUUGGCCAUCAGACAUAAGAAAUGGCCAUGCUAAUGGGUAUCUUGAUGUGGAGAGCAACUCAGACUCCCCUGAGAAGGGAAGGGGAGAUGGGGAGAGAAUUGAGAUGCUGAAGAGAGAAGUAGGAGAACUAAAAGAGGUGAUAGAAGGGAAAGAGUAUUUGCUGCAGAGCUACAAGGAGCAGAAGCUGGAGCUUUCCAUGAAGAUCAAGGAGUUGCAACAGAGAUUGGAUUCCCAGCUCCCCAACAUUUUGUAGGUACUAUUUAAAAUAAUACGCAUUCUUGCUUUGUUUUCCCCUGUUUCUUCCUUCAAUUUGAGGUUAAAGAAAAUGCCUUUUUUCCCUCUUUUCUUUCCCAGUGUCGUUGGCUUUAAGUAUAAUGUUGGAUGAUACGUUCUUUGCCUGUACAUCUGUAUGUAUGAGAAUGAGAUAUGAGUGAGAGAAAGAAGAGGGAAAAGCAAAGAAGUAGGCACCACUAUAUUGGUUUGUUAUUUAUUUUUCCCUUGCUUUGUGAGUGUCUUACUUCCUAUAGAAAUUAGAAACCAAGUUUUCUGAGUGUUAGGACCUUUUUUUUUUGGCACAAAGUCAAUUGCAUCUCGGGGAUAGGAAAAGGGUUGCAAAUAUUGUGUGAUUCUGAUGCCAGAAUUGUUUGAUAUGUUCUCUUAAGGUUGUUUGCAUGAGCCAUAUGAACUAAGUUCUGGGUUCAUGGUCUUUUUGUUUGUUUUUUGGUCUUUUUAAGUAAUGCAUAACAGGAGCUAUACCUAUGGCAUUGGCAUCCAUGAAAAUUUAAUGGAGAGACAAUUACGUUUUUGUUGAAAAAAUAUAAAUCUUUAAAGAAAAUAAUGUAGCAAAAAAGAUAUAGGCAAAUGCAGCUCAGCAAAGAAUGCUCAAAUUCUAGAAAAUGAAAAAGAAAAAUAUUCAAUUUUCAGCAGACAUGUUCGGAGAGAAAGAAAAGUUAGGAGGGAACAGAAAAAGAAAAGAAACAAAAAGAAAAAGAGCUAAAAUAAAAAUAAAGAAAAAAGAGAGGAAUGAUUUGGUGGUAAUUUGAUAGAAUCGAUGUCUAACUUUGACUAGCGAUAUUCUCUUUUUGUAUAGAUCAAUUCAUAACGUAUUGUCCUGUAGGCAAACCUACUUCGGAUCAGUCAUUCAUUUAAUAUGGGCAAAUUUACAAAGAACAUUUAAAAGGUUAAAUGGAAGCCAUCAGCAGCUCACCAAAGCAAAUGCUUUUGCUUGUCUAUGCCUAAAUAAAUACAAUAAAAAACACAACGUAAUGAAAAUGUCCAUCUAUGCCUCUCACUUCGUGUUUUACUGUUUCUUUUACAAACUAGGUUAACAAAAAAUCGAUUAAGAAAAGGAGAUGCCAAAAUGCCAACUAAGCACCACCAUCCAUGACCUAUCUACUGUUCAAAUCAAACUCCCCAACUUCACGCCAUUCGUUCUGCACACUUGUAUCUCCGUUUUCAGUCUCUUCAUCAUUCAAGAAAUCUUCCGAAGGC